AUGAGCUGCUGUGUUGUUGUCCCAGGAAGUACGGAUGUUCUGAAAUUGAGUCUUGACCGGCAAUUUGACGUGUCGACGAUGGUCCUGCGUCAUUAUUCAAAAUAUUGGAAUCUAGGCAAUGCGAUGCUUCGACUCCUCGCAGCCAUCCGUCAAGGCCUCGAUCCAAACUCCGCUAAGCCAGGCUCGAAAGAGCGAGAAAUGGUCAAGCGAUUCUCCGUCCUUCUGCCAGCAGCCGCUCAGAAGCGAAGAAGAUCUAUCCCUUCGGACACGGACAUUCAUCAGCAGCGAUCGAAUGAUAAUAACGAAUAUGCACCAGGAACGUUCUCGAGCCCCGAAUUCGACAACCUAUGCAAUGUUCAGGACUUGCAAUGGUCGUUCGAGCUGUGGUCGAAUUUUGGGGACUUCGAAAUGGCAUCACUGGAACAGCCCGGCCCACGGCAAACCUGA